GGUAUGAUGAUCUCUAAAAGCUCCUGCCAACAGCAACAACUGUGCAAUUCUGUAUAGCUUAUUUCGAAAAGUUUAAACACUUUCUUCUAAGGCAACUAUUAUAACCCGAUCUUCUUAUUCUGAACAUUCAAUCGGAGCUCAAACUUAAGCGGUUAAGCAGCAAACAGAUUCUUAUUCUUUUUCAGUUAUGCUAAAAUAAGCUCACUUUGGAUUCAGAUUUCUGUUUCGAUGAAAUAAUCAAUCGAUUAAUUGGGCUUUACUGGCGUUUAGUUUUCUAUCCGGUAACAUCCAUUAAAACGAAUGUCCAACUUUAGAAAUAAAUAGCUUGUUCUAUGUUAUGGCAACUAUGAGCGCUGAUGUUUCCGAAAUAACAUUUAAUGAUCACUCAUUAUGUAACGGUCACUGUUCUUGUGAUGAUUCGACUGAUGUUAAAAUUGAUGUAAAAAUGGGAGAUAAAAACGAUGACGAAGAUUUGAAAAGUGAACCCAUUUUGACGCCAUCGAACAAGAGAUUUGUGGUCUACCCUAUAGAGUAUCCAGAUUUGUGGCAGCUAUACAAAAAGGCCCAAGCCUGUUUCUGGACUGCAGAAGAAGUCGAUUUGGGAAAAGAUCAGUUCGAAUUACUAAAUCCCGAGGAAGUGCAGUUUGUCUCUGUGGUGUUGGCCUUCUUUGCAGUGAGUGACGGGAUAGUGAUUGAGAACCUAGUGAGUCGCUUCUCACAGGAGAUCCAAAUCCCAGAGGCCAGAUGUUUCUAUGGAUUCCAGACAGCAAUAGAAAAUGUGCAUUCGGAGAUGUACAGUCUGCUGAUUGAGACUUACAUCAGGGACCCAAUCGAGAGGACAAAACUGUUCAAUGCUGUCGAGAACUACGAAUGUAUUAAGCAAAAGUCUGAUUGGGCAUUACACUGGAUUCAGAGCUCAGAAAGGACCUUUGCGGAACGAUUAGUGGCUUUCGUUGCAGUUGAAGGGAUCUUUUUCUCAGGUGCAUUUGCUGCAAUAUUUUGGCUCAAACGAAGGAACAUUUUGCCAGGGUUGACAUUUUCUAACGAGUUAAUUUCACGGGACGAGGGACUGCACUGUGAGUUUGCGUGUGCUCUGUACUCGCAUUUGAAGAAACCCGUCGCAGAAGAAACAAUACGAGACAUUUUCUCACAAGCAGUUCAGAUCGAGAAACAAUUUUGGAGUUUCGCUCUUCCAACUGGGCUUCUGGGUCUAAACAGCUUACUCAUGGGUCAAUACAUCGAAUUCGUUGCCGACAAACUUAUACUUGAACUCAAGUGUCCAAAUAAACUAUUCGGCACUCCAAAUCCGUUUCCAUUUAUGGAAAUGAUAUCGAUGGAAGGAAAAACAAACUUCUUCGAACGCCGAGUCGGCGAAUAUCAUUCGUUCGGGUUCAACUCGGGAAAAAUUAACUCGCCAUCUUCGUCAUCGGGCAGUAAAAACGAGAAGAAAGAUUGGACAACUUUCGAGUUUCGAACUGAUUUAGAUUUCUGAAGUUUUUAGAACUUAAUUCUUCCGUUUUUUGCCACGUUUAGAAUUUGGUCUGAAGUAUUUGACAUGUUGCAGAGCUUUGGAAGAUGUCAUGAAAUCGGUCAAUUUUCGGUUGAGUUUUGCGACCUAAUUGGCAAUUUAUAAACAGAAAACUCAAACUUCAUUCAAUUAUUAAUUGGAUGCUUUAACUCGGUGGUGCAAUCCGAAGUUAAACUAGUUGCUAUCUCUCAUACCUCAAAUAGAAGCAGUCUAUAAAUGAAAAUAAUUCUCUUUAGUUUCUUCAAUCUUCCUGUUAAAUCUACAAAGAAAUUAUAAAUUGUUAUAAAUGGUUUCACAUGAGAUCAAGUACCCAAAAUUUACCUUUAGUUAUUAA